AAAAUACAAAAGAAAAGGUAGUUAAAACAAGUGAUAAAAAGAAAAGUCGUGAAAAUAAAAAAAAAGACGAUGUAAAAGUCAGUUUGAUAAAUAUAGAUAUUAGUGAAUUGUAUAGCACUGAACACUGUGAUAACAAAAAGAAUAAAAUUGAAAGAGACAAAAAUAUAAUACUUAUCUGUUAUCAAAAUACUGAUAAUAUAGACGAUAAUAAAAAAGGAAAUACUUGA